ACAUUAGCUCUUGAGGAUGGACUGUGGGACGGUGAUGUUGUCCCACAUGCGGAUGCUGAGAUGGGUCAUCCUGCUGGCAGGGAUGCAGUCUAUACGAGCAGACUUCAUGGGAGAUUAUGGAGACGGUAUGAAGGACCCUAUGGACUUUACUUGGCUGCCAACAACAACUGUGUCCCCCACUAUGACGACUGUGAUGGUAACAAAAGUUGAACCCAAACCUGAUCAUCAGUCCCGAAUCUGCAGCACAUGGGGAAAUUUCCACUUCAAGACGUUCGAUGGUCAUUUCUUUCAGCUGCCAGACACGUGCAACUACGUUCUGGCGGUGAUGUGUGACGCCGCCAUUUCUGAUUUUAACAUCCAGAUGCAAAGAGACACUGUCAAUGGCUCCAUCUCAUUUGGCUCAGUCAUAGUAAAGCUGGACGGGACAGUCAUCAAAAUCACAGACAGCGGCAUCAUGAUGGACGAUCAAGUGGUGUCUGUUCCGAUCAAUCAGAAGGGAAUUAAAAUAGAAGGAAGCCCAACAAGUAUUAAGAUCUCCAGAUAUGGAAUGACCAUCUUUUGGGAAGAAGACAACUCUAUAGCGAUUGAACUUGCGGAGAAAUAUAAAGGGCUGACAUGUGGACUCUGCGGAAACUACAAUGGCGACAAGGAUGAUGAUAUGCCUGAGAGUGGUCCAGCCACAUGGAAGAUCUCAACACCAACUGAAUCCUGUGAAGACGUUAUACUUCCACCCAAGGAUCAGUGUGACCAGAACACAAUGGUUUGCCAGCAGUACCUCAGCAGUCCAGGGUUUAGUGGCUGUUAUGAUGUGAUGGACAUGAAAAUAUUUGAAAAAGCCUGUGUGAGCGACAUGUGCCAAUGUUACGGCAGCCAUGACUGUCUGUGCAACACGCUAACAGAGAUCUCACGACAAUGCACACAUGCUGGAGGACAACCAGGAACAUGGAGGACAGAACAGCUCUGCCCAAAGAUGUGUCCUAUAAACCUGCAAUACAUGGAGUGUGGAGGUCCGUGUAAGAGCACUUGCUCUGAUCCAACUGCACAUCUAAUGUGUAAAGAUCACUGUGUGGAUGGCUGCUUCUGCCCUGAAGGGACCGUUGAAGACGACAUUGGUCAGGGUGGUUGUGUUCCUGUAAACGAGUGUCCAUGUGUGCAUGAUGGCACAGUAUAUAAAUCAGGAGAGUCUUACCAACAAGCUUGCAAAAAAUGUUUUUGUGCCGCUGGGCACUGGACCUGCACAUACCUGGACUGUCCCGGCACAUGCUCUGUUGUUGGAGGUUCUCACGUCACCACUUUUGAUGGAAAGAGCUUCACCUUCAGCGGGAACUGCGACUACAUCCUCACUAAGCACUCUAACGACAGUGACUUUGCUGUUGUGGGAAAUCUGGCAAAAUGUGAGCCAGCACGAACAGACACAUGUCUUAAUUCAGUUACCCUUGUCAUCUCUGGAACCACUAUUGGUUUUACUUCUGAUGGUGUUGUGACACUGAAUGGAAACAGCCCAUUUAAUCUUCCUGCUGUCAUAGGUCCUGUGAGCAUCUUCCAGCCCUCUUUGUCUUUCAUUAUUGCUGAUUUAAACAGUCUUCGUCUGGAAAUCCAGCUGGCUCCAGUUAUGCAGUUGUACAUUGUAGCAAGCACUGAAGAGAAAGGAAAAAUGACUGGACUGUGUGGAAACUACAAUGAUGUCCAAUCAGAUGACUUUAAAACAGAUUUGGGUAUCACAGAGGGCACAGCGAUAUCUUUUGCCAACUUUUGGAAGAAAACCCCAUAUAGUUGUCCUGAUCUUGAAAACACAUUUGACAACCCCUGUAGCCUGAGUGUGGACACAGAGAAACUUGCUAAAGACUGGUGUUCCCGUCUGACUAACCAAAGUGGAGCCUUUUCUGCAUGUCAUUCAGAAAUAUGCCCAAAGAUUUACUAUGAAAGGUGCGUCUAUGACACCUGCAAGUGUGCAGAUAUCAGGAAGUGCAUCUGUGCGGCUGUGUCCACUUAUGCCCAUGCUUGUGCUGCAAGAGGAAUCAUUCUCCAAGGCUGGAUGGAUUCAGACCCUUGUGAAUCUGAGUGUUCAGAGAACAUGAAGCACUCCUACGGUAUGACUGGCUGUGGCCUCACCUGCCGUUCUCUCAGUGGACAAGAAAACACCUGCCAAGGGUCCUUCACGCCUGUAGAUGGCUGUGUUUGUUCUGAGGGAACCUACCUUAAUGAAGAAGGCAUCUGUGUGCCUGCUGACCAGUGUCCUUGUUACAGCGGUGACCAGGUCACAAAACCUUCGGAAGUAUCCCACGUAGAUGGUCUAACAUGCACCUGUAAACUUGGCAAACUGCACUGCUCCAAUCCUGAAACCUGUGUUGCUCCAAUGGUGCUCUUCAAAUGCUCAAAUUAUGAACCAGGAAAAAAGGGCACAGAGUGUCAGAGAACAUGCCAGAAACAAGACAUUAACAAUUGUGUGAGCACAGGGUGUGUAUCAGGGUGUAUGUGUCCAGAUAACCUUCUGGCUGAUGGACAAGGUGGAUGUGUGGAGAGGGAAAAAUGUCCCUGUGUCCACAAUGGAGUUACCUAUUCAUCUGGAGAACAAGUUCAAGAGGACUGUAACACCUGCACAUGCAGAAAUGGGAUGUGGGAUUGCACGGAAAAAGAGUGUUACGGCACCUGCACCAUCUAUGGUGAAGGUCAUUUCAUGACAUUUGAUGGCAAGAAAUAUUCUUUCCAUGGAGACUGUGAACAAAUCUUAGUCCAUGAUUACUGCAAUACAGACCAGAGUCCAUACUCUUUACGCCUUGUCACAGAGAACAUCCCAUGUGGCACCUCUGGAACCAUUUGCUCCAAGUCCAUCAAUCUUUUCUUUGGGAGAUACAAACUGAUUUUAUCAGAGGAGAAAGAAAUUCAAGUUGUUGAAAGCAAUGGCACAGAUUACCAAUACCAAAUCCAUACUGCUGGGAUAUACAAUGUCAUUGAGGUCAAAGGUCUGUUGAACUUAAUCUGGGACAGUAAAACAAGUGUGAUGCUCCAACUGCAUCCCAAGUUUAAGGGCAAGGUGUGUGGAUUGUGUGGAAACUUUGAUGGUAAUGCUAACAAUGACUUUAUGAAACAUGAUGGAGAAGAAGUCACCGAUCCAGUGGUAUUCGGGAAUAGCUGGAAGUCGAAUCCAGGCUGUCCGGAUGUGAGCAAUGUUAUGAACCCAUGUGAAAAGAAUCCACACCGGAGUGCCUGGGCUAUCAAACAAUGCAGCAUCAUUACAAGCCCUGUCUUUUCAGACUGCCAUUCACGUGUGGACUCUGGCCCAUACUAUGAUGCCUGUGUAAAGGACACCUGUGCAUGCGAUAGCGGGGGUGACUGUGAUUGUUUCUGUACUGCAGUGGCUGCUUAUGCUGCUGAAUGCCGUAAAACCGGUGCUUGCGUAGCAUGGCGAAGCCCAAGUAUUUGUCCUUUAUUCUGUGACUAUUACAACAACCCUCCAAGUGAAUGUGAAUGGCACUAUAAAACCUGCGGAUCGACCUGCAUGAAAACUUGCAGAAACCCAUCAGGAACUUGCUCCAAUCAAAUUCCCCUCCUAGAAGGAUGUUUUCCUCAGUGUCCUUCUGAAAGACCAUUUUUGAGAGAGGACAACAGGAAAUGUGUUACAGAGGCAGAAUGUCUUUCUCUCUGUACUUAUGAUGGCAAGAUAUACACGACUGGAGAUGUGAUGUACGAUACCACAGAUGGGAAUGGUACAUGCUUUACAGCUGUGUGUGGAUCCAAUGGAGAGAUAAUAAGAAGCAUUAAUAAAUGUAUGACAACAACUACACCAUUCACGUUCACAACUCCACCCCAAACACCAACACCUUCAUCACCCGAGACAUAUACUUCUGUUACUGCUGCAACACCUUCGACAGAGAGGCCACCAACAUCCGAAUUGCAAAGGCCAAAAACAACUACUACAACUUCUGGUCCAACAACAAAAACAUCACAAGGAAUUUCUACUGCUGAAACACCAUCUACAGUAUUACCACUUCCAACAUCCACAGCAACUACAACUGCUAGUCUGCCAACUUCAACAUUACCUGGAGUUACCACUGCUGGUACAACUGAAACUACAUCUACAAAAAUGCCAACACAAAAAAAAACAGAAUCCCCAUCAACAGCUAUUACAACUGCAGGACCACCAACAUCUCCUGAAGUUACUACUACUGUUACUGGUGAAACACCAUCUACAGUAGUGCCACCUUCCACAACAAAAAUAGUGCCGUUGACAGAUACCACAACUGUCAGUCCACCAAUACCAACAGCACCACAAAUAUCAACUACUGCUGUUACUGCUGAAACACCAUCUACAGAAAUGCCACUUCACACAACAACAGAAACUCCAUCAACCGUUACUACAAAUGCUGCACCACCAACACCACCAGCAACUAAAGUUACUACUGCUGUUACUGCUGAAACACCAUCCACAGGAACACCACCUUCCACAAAAACAGAAACCCCAUCAAGAGCAACUACAACUGCUGCACCACCAACACCAACGGCUCCUGAAGUUACCACUGCUGUUACUGCUGAAAGACCAUCUACAGGAACACCACCUCCCACAAAAACAGAAACCCCAUCAAUCGCUACUUCAACUGCUGCACCACCAACACCAACAUCUCCUGAAGUUACUACUGCUGUUACUGCUGAAACACCAUCUACAGGAACACCACCUUCAACAAAAACAAAAACCCCAUCAACAGCAACUACAACUGCUGCAUCACCCACACCAACAGCUCCUGAAGUUACCACUGCUGUUACUGCUGAAACACCAUCUACAGAAAUGCCACUUCACACAACAGAAACUCCAUCAACCGUUACUACAACUGCUGCACCACCAACACCAACAGCUCCUGAAGUUACUACUGCUGUUACUGCUGAAACACCAUCCACAGGAACACCACCUUCCACAAAAACAGAAACCCCAUCAAUCGCUACUACAACUGCUGCACCACCAACACCAACAUCUCCUGAAGUUACUACUGCUGUUACUGCUGAAACACCAUCUACAGAAAUGCCACUUCACACAACAGAAAGUCCAUCAACCGUUACUACAACUGCUGCACCACCAACACCAACAGCUCCUGAAGUUACUACUGCUGUUACUGCUGAAACACCAUCCACAGGAACACCACCUUCCACAAAAACAGAAACCCCAUCAACAGCAACUACAACUGCUGCACCACCAACACCACCAGCACCUGAAGUUACUACUGCUGUUACUGCUGAAACACCAUUUACAGGAACACCACCUUCCACAAAAACAGAAACCCCAUCAACAGCAACUACAACUGCUGCACCACCAACACCACCAGCACCUGAAGUUACUACUGCUGUUACUGCUGAAACACCAUCCACAGGAACACCACCUUCCACAAAAACAGUAACCCCAUCAACAGCAACUACAACUGCUGCACCACCCACACCAACAGCUCCUGAAGUUACUACUGCUGUUACUGCUGAAACACCAUCUACAGAAAUGCCACUCCACACAACAACAGAAACUCCAUCAACCGUUACUACAACUGCUGCACCACCCACACCAACAGCUCCUGAAGUUACUACUGCUGUUACUGCUGAAACACCAUCUACAGGAACACCACCUUCAACAAAAACAGAAACCCCAUCAACAGCUACUACAACUGCUGCAGCACCAACACCAAUAUCUCCUGAAGUUACCACUGCUGUUACUGCUGAAACACCAUCCACAGAAACGCCACUUCACACAACAGAAACUCCAUCAACCAUUACUACAACUGCUGCAGCACCAACACCAACAGCUCCUAAAGUUACUACUGCUGUUACUGCUGAAACACCAUCUACAGAAACGCCACUUCACACAACAACAGAAACUCCAUCAACCGCUACUACAACUGCUGCACAACCAACACCAACAGCACCUGAAGUUACUACUGCUGUUACUGCUGAAACACCAUCUACAGGAACACCACCUCCCACAAAAACAGAAACCCCAUCAACUGCAACUACAACUGCUGCACCACCAACACCAACAGCUCCUGAAGUUACUACUGCUGUUACUGCUGAAACACCAUCUACAGAAAUGCCACUUCACACAACAGAAACUCCAUCAACCGUUACUACAACUGCUGCACCACCAACACCAACUGCUCCUGAAGUUACCACUGCUGUUACUGCUGAAACACCAUCUACAGAAAUGCCACUUCACACAACAACAGAGACUCCAUCAACCGUUACUACAACUUCUGCACCACCAACACCAACUGCUCCUGAAGUUACCACUGCUGUUACUGCUGAAACACCAUCUACAGAAAUGCCACUUCACACAACAGAAACUCCAUCAACCGUUACUACAACUGCUGCACCACCAACACCAACAGCUCCUGAAGUUACUACUGCUGUUACUGCUGAAACACCAUCUACAGGAACACCACCUUCCACAAAAACAGAAACCCCAUCAAUCGCUACUUCAACUGCUGCACCACCAACACCACCAGCACCUGAAGUUACUACUGCUGUUACUGCUGAAACACCAUCUACAGGAACACCACCUUCAACAAAAACAGAAACCCCAUCAACAGCAACUACAACUGCUGCACCACCAACACCAACAGCUCCUGAAGUUACCACUGCUGUUACUGCUGAAACACCAUCUACAGAAAUGCCACUUCAGACAACAGAAACUCCAUCAACCGUUACUACAACUGCUGCACCACCAACACCAACAGCUCCUGAAGUUACUACUGCUGUUACUGUUGAAACACCAUCUACAGAAAUGCCACUUCACACAACAACAGAAACUCCAUCAACCGUUACUACAACAGCUGCACAACCAACACGAACAGCUCCUGAAGUUACUACUGCUGUUACUGCUGAAACACCAUCUACAGGAACACCACCUCCCACAAAAACAGAAACCCCAUCAACUGCAACUACAACUGCUGCACCACCAACACCAACAUCUCCUGAAGUUACUACUGCUGUUACUGCUGAAACACCAUCUACAGGAACACCACCUUCCACAACAACAGAAACCCCAUCAAUCGCUACUUCAACUGCUGCACCACCAACACCAACAGCUCCUGAAGUUACUACUGCUGUUACUGCUGAAACACCAUCCACAGGAACACCACCUUCCACAAAAACAGAAACCCCAUCAAUUGCUACUACAACUUCUGCACCACCAACACCAACUGCUCCUGAAGUUACCACUGCUGUUACUGCUGAAACACCAUCUACAGAAAUGCCACUUCACACAACAGAAACUCCAUCAACCGUUACUACAACUGCUGCAUCACCAACACCAACAGCUCCUGAAGUUACUACUGCUGUUACUGCUGAAACACCAUCUACAGGAACACCACCUUCCACAACAACAGAAACCCCAUCAAUCGCUACUUCAACUGCUGCACAACUAACACCAACAUCCCCUGAAGUUACUACUGCUGUUACUGCUGAAACACCAUCUACAGGAACACCACCUUCAACAAAAACAGAAACCCCAUCAACAGCAACUACAUCUGCUGCACCACCAACACCCCCAGCACCUGAAGUUACUACUGCUGUUACUGCUGAAACAUCAUCCACAGGAACACCACCUUCCACAAAAACAGAAACCCCAUCAACAGCAACUACAACUGCUGCACCACCAACACCACCAGCACCUGAAGUUACUACUGCUGUUACUGCUGAAACACCAUCUACAGGAACACCACCUUCAACAAAAACAGAAACCCCAUCAACAGCAACUACAACUGCUGCACCACCAACACCAACAGCUCCUGAAGUUACCACUGCUGUUACUGCUGAAACACCAUCUACAGAAAUGCCACUUCACACAACAGAAACUCCAUCAACCGUUACUACAACUGCUGCACCACCAACACCAACUGCUCCUGAAGUUACCACUGCUGUUACUGCUGAAACACCAUCUACAGAAAUGCCACUUCACACAACAACAGAGACUCCAUCAACCGUUACUACAACUUCUGCACCACCAACACCAACUGCUCCUGAAGUUACCACUGCUGUUACUGCUGAAACACCAUCUACAGAAAUGCCACUUCACACAACAGAAACUCCAUCAACCGUUACUACAACUGCUGCACCACCAACACCAACAGCUCCUGAAGUUACUACUGCUGUUACUGCUGAAACACCAUCUACAGGAACACCACCUUCCACAAAAACAGAAACCCCAUCAAUCGCUACUUCAACUGCUGCACCACCAACACCACCAGCACCUGAAGUUACUACUGCUGUUACUGCUGAAACACCAUCUACAGGAACACCACCUUCAACAAAAACAGAAACCCCAUCAACAGCAACUACAACUGCUGCACCACCAACACCAACAGCUCCUGAAGUUACCACUGCUGUUACUGCUGAAACACCAUCUACAGAAAUGCCACUUCAGACAACAGAAACUCCAUCAACCGUUACUACAACUGCUGCACCACCAACACCAACAGCUCCUGAAGUUACUACUGCUGUUACUGUUGAAACACCAUCUACAGAAAUGCCACUUCACACAACAACAGAAACUCCAUCAACCGUUACUACAACAGCUGCACAACCAACACGAACAGCUCCUGAAGUUACUACUGCUGUUACUGCUGAAACACCAUCUACAGGAACACCACCUCCCACAAAAACAGAAACCCCAUCAACUGCAACUACAACUGCUGCACCACCAACACCAACAUCUCCUGAAGUUACUACUGCUGUUACUGCUGAAACACCAUCUACAGGAACACCACCUUCCACAACAACAGAAACCCCAUCAAUCGCUACUUCAACUGCUGCACCACCAACACCAACAGCUCCUGAAGUUACUACUGCUGUUACUGCUGAAACACCAUCCACAGGAACACCACCUUCCACAAAAACAGAAACCCCAUCAAUUGCUACUACAACUUCUGCACCACCAACACCAACUGCUCCUGAAGUUACUACUGCUGUUACUGCUGAAACACCAUCUACAGGAACACCACCUUCAACAAAAACAGAAACCCCAUCAACAGCAACUACAACUGCUGCACCACCAACACCAACAGCUCCUGAAGUUACCACUGCUGUUACUGCUGAAACACCAUCUACAGAAAUGCCACUUCACACAACAGAAACUCCAUCAACCGUUACUACAACUGCUGCACCACCAACACCAACUGCUCCUGAAGUUACCACUGCUGUUACUGCUGAAACACCAUCUACAGAAAUGCCACUUCACACAACAACAGAGACUCCAUCAACCGUUACUACAACUUCUGCACCACCAACACCAACUGCUCCUGAAGUUACCACUGCUGUUACUGCUGAAACACCAUCUACAGAAAUGCCACUUCACACAACAGAAACUCCAUCAACCGUUACUACAACUGCUGCACCACCAACACCAACAGCUCCUGAAGUUACUACUGCUGUUACUGCUGAAACACCAUCUACAGGAACACCACCUUCCACAAAAACAGAAACCCCAUCAAUCGCUACUUCAACUGCUGCACCACCAACACCACCAGCACCUGAAGUUACUACUGCUGUUACUGCUGAAACACCAUCUACAGGAACACCACCUUCAACAAAAACAGAAACCCCAUCAACAGCAACUACAACUGCUGCACCACCAACACCAACAGCUCCUGAAGUUACCACUGCUGUUACUGCUGAAACACCAUCUACAGAAAUGCCACUUCAGACAACAGAAACUCCAUCAACCGUUACUACAACUGCUGCACCACCAACACCAACAGCUCCUGAAGUUACUACUGCUGUUACUGUUGAAACACCAUCUACAGAAAUGCCACUUCACACAACAACAGAAACUCCAUCAACCGUUACUACAACAGCUGCACAACCAACACGAACAGCUCCUGAAGUUACUACUGCUGUUACUGCUGAAACACCAUCUACAGGAACACCACCUCCCACAAAAACAGAAACCCCAUCAACUGCAACUACAACUGCUGCACCACCAACACCAACAUCUCCUGAAGUUACUACUGCUGUUACUGCUGAAACACCAUCUACAGGAACACCACCUUCCACAACAACAGAAACCCCAUCAAUCGCUACUUCAACUGCUGCACCACCAACACCAACAGCUCCUGAAGUUACUACUGCUGUUACUGCUGAAACACCAUCCACAGGAACACCACCUUCCACAAAAACAGAAACCCCAUCAAUUGCUACUACAACUUCUGCACCACCAACACCAACUGCUCCUGAAGUUACCACUGCUGUUACUGCUGAAACACCAUCUACAGAAAUGCCACUUCACACAACAGAAACUCCAUCAACCGUUACUACAACUGCUGCAUCACCAACACCAACAGCUCCUGAAGUUACUACUGCUGUUACUGCUGAAACACCAUCUACAGGAACACCACCUUCCACAACAACAGAAACCCCAUCAAUCGCUACUUCAACUGCUGCACAACUAACACCAACAUCCCCUGAAGUUACUACUGCUGUUACUGCUGAAACACCAUCUACAGGAACACCACCUUCAACAAAAACAGAAACCCCAUCAACAGCAACUACAUCUGCUGCACCACCAACACCCCCAGCACCUGAAGUUACUACUGCUGUUACUGCUGAAACAUCAUCCACAGGAACACCACCUUCCACAAAAACAGAAACCCCAUCAACAGCAACUACAACUGCUGCACCACCAACACCACCAGCACCUGAAGUUACUACUGCUGUUACUGCUGAAACACCAUCUACAGGAACACCACCUUCAACAAAAACAGAAACCCCAUCAACAGCAACUACAACUGCUGCACCACCAACACCAACAGCUCCUGAAGUUACCACUGCUGUUACUGCUGAAACACCAUCUACAGAAAUGCCACUUCACACAACAGAAACUCCAUCAACCGUUACUACAACUGCUGCACCACCAACACCAACUGCUCCUGAAGUUACCACUGCUGUUACUGCUGAAACACCAUCUACAGAAAUGCCACUUCACACAACAACAGAGACUCCAUCAACCGUUACUACAACUUCUGCACCACCAACACCAACUGCUCCUGAAGUUACCACUGCUGUUACUGCUGAAACACCAUCUACAGAAAUGCCACUUCACACAACAGAAACUCCAUCAACCGUUACUACAACUGCUGCACCACCAACACCAACAGCUCCUGAAGUUACUACUGCUGUUACUGCUGAAACACCAUCUACAGGAACACCACCUUCCACAAAAACAGAAACCCCAUCAAUCGCUACUUCAACUGCUGCACCACCAACACCACCAGCACCUGAAGUUACUACUGCUGUUACUGCUGAAACACCAUCUACAGGAACACCACCUUCAACAAAAACAGAAACCCCAUCAACAGCAACUACAACUGCUGCACCACCAACACCAACAGCUCCUGAAGUUACCACUGCUGUUACUGCUGAAACACCAUCUACAGAAAUGCCACUUCAGACAACAGAAACUCCAUCAACCGUUACUACAACUGCUGCACCACCAACACCAACAGCUCCUGAAGUUACUACUGCUGUUACUGUUGAAACACCAUCUACAGAAAUGCCACUUCACACAACAACAGAAACUCCAUCAACCGUUACUACAACAGCUGCACAACCAACACGAACAGCUCCUGAAGUUACUACUGCUGUUACUGCUGAAACACCAUCUACAGGAACACCACCUCCCACAAAAACAGAAACCCCAUCAACUGCAACUACAACUGCUGCACCACCAACACCAACAUCUCCUGAAGUUACUACUGCUGUUACUGCUGAAACACCAUCUACAGGAACACCACCUUCCACAACAACAGAAACCCCAUCAAUCGCUACUUCAACUGCUGCACCACCAACACCAACAGCUCCUGAAGUUACUACUGCUGUUACUGCUGAAACACCAUCCACAGGAACACCACCUUCCACAAAAACAGAAACCCCAUCAAUUGCUACUACAACUUCUGCACCACCAACACCAACUGCUCCUGAAGUUACCACUGCUGUUACUGCUGAAACACCAUCUACAGAAAUGCCACUUCACACAACAGAAACUCCAUCAACCGUUACUACAACUGCUGCAUCACCAACACCAACAGCUCCUGAAGUUACUACUGCUGUUACUGCUGAAACACCAUCUACAGGAACACCACCUUCCACAACAACAGAAACCCCAUCAAUCGCUACUUCAACUGCUGCACAACUAACACCAACAUCCCCUGAAGUUACUACUGCUGUUACUGCUGAAACACCAUCUACAGACAACAGAAACUCCAUCAACCGUUACUACAACUGCUGCACCACCAACACCAACAGCUCCUGA